AUGAGAGAAUUCAAAUCCGAGCGCCCCUUGACCUCGUGGGAGCGCGCGACCAUCAAAGCCGCUAUCGACGCAAAUCUCGACUCAGUUUCCGACCUUAUCAAAGCAGAGAAAGAAUACAAAAAGGAUGUGAACUUAGUCACGCAAAUGAUGUUGAAGAUGAAAAUAACCGACGAAACAAUGGAAGUUGAAACUCGAUCCUUUCUUCUGGAAUUCAUCAAAGCAGAAGAAUUCAAGAAGGACGUCGAAAAAGCAACGAUAAUGAUGGAGCAGAUGACGAUUAGCGAAGGAACAAUGGAAUGGACGAGUCUUCUUGAGAAAAUGGAGAUCGAUAGCGAGGACGAAACUAUGGAAUACGAUCAGAUGGACGCAAUGGAAGAGUAA